AAACUCUUGAAAAAAAUGUUUUAUUAUUAAAUCAUGUAGAAAUUACAGCAAAAAAUGAUCCAGAGUUGAAUAAAAUUAUUGCUGCCUUUGAUUUAUCUCCAGAUGAAGCUAAUAAAAUAGGACCAGAUUAUCAUUCUGUCUAUACUUAUUUAUCAUGGUCAUUGAAAUAUAAUAGUAGGGAUUUGAUUGAUGAAAGGAUGGACAUUGGCAAGGUUAUACUAAAAAGUUUUAUUGAUCAUUUAAUAAACAAUACAAAUGAAUUGUUUACACAAAGACAAAGAAAAUUUAUUAUGCAGAAAUUAUAUUUGCUUAAACAAGCACUUACACCAGGUGGAAAUGAAAAAAUCACUAUAGAAUCAUCAACUCUAAGUAAUCCAUUAUCAAUACCAUCUGAUUUACUUAAAUCU